UCUCAACUCUCUGGGUUGUCUCACGUGACAGCUCGCGCUGCCUCACAAGCCGCUGCAGCCGCACGAGCCGUGCUAGGGGGGCUUUGCUGGGCGCCGUCGUCGCUCGUAUAUUCGCCUCUUUUGCAGUGGAAGAUGGAGCUCUCCGCGGUCGGGGACCGAGUGUUCGCGGCGGAGUCCAUCAUCAAACGUCGCGUCCGGAAGGGUCGUAUUGAGUAUCUGGUUAAAUGGAAAGGAUGGGCGAUCAAAUAUAGUACAUGGGAGCCAGAAGAGAAUAUUUUGGACGGACGCCUUAUUUCGGCUUUUGAACAGAAAGAGAGAGAGAGGGAACUUUACGGGCCAAAGAAAAGGGGACCCAAACCCAAAACCUUCCUUCUCAAGGCAAGAGCCCAAGCAGCUGACACUUCAACACAAGUCUCUGACAUCCAGCAGUACCACUCACCAGCCUCUUCCACCUCCAGGCCUACUUCAUCUUCUGCCUCCCCCGCAUCCUCCUUGCACUCCCCUUACCCUCCUUCGUCCUCGUCCUCGUCCUCCUCCUCGGCCCCCACCGCCAAACUCCAGUCAGGUGCUGCCCACCACAAACUGAAGAAAGAUAUUCGUCGCUGCCAUCGCAUGUCUCGGCGUCCCCUGCCUCGCCCCGACCCUCUGGCCCCGCCUCCAGGCUCCUCCUCCUCCAGCUUGGCCUUUCCCUCCCGCCCGCCUGUCUCCCCGUUCUCGGAGACCGUUCGUAUCCUGAACCGCAAGGUAAAGCCCCGUGAAGCCAAACGAGGCAGGAUCAUCCUAAACCUGAAGGUGAUUGACAAGGCAGGUGGUGGCAGGAGAGCACCUUCGAUGGCCCACCAACAAGGGAUGCACCACUCCCAACCAGGACGGCCCAAAAUUCCCUCCCGGAACCGCAUUAUAGGGAAGAGCAAGAGGUUUACCGAAGUGCCUUAUAGAGGUCUGCAGCCCCCACUGAAAAUGACAGGGUUCCCCAUGUACACAAAGCCUUUUGGUGUCCAGCAACCCAUUAGUCAGUCUCAAAGCAGUACUGGUAGUAGUGAAAAUACAGGAGGGAAAGGUCCUGGGGAAGGUGCUCCUCCCAUUCCUGGCUCUGCUCUGUUAAAUCCAGAUGAUGUAAUGCCAGAGCCUCAGACUUUGCCGCGCUAUCAGCCCUCUCCCUCACCAUCGACCUCCAGUGGCUCUGACAGUGGUACCACCUCCCCGCCUCACAUUCAGCCGACCCCUCUACAAGCCCCCGAACCCGCCUCUGCCGCUUCGCCAUCCCCACCCAGCCUCAGCCCCGAGCCCCUGGAGUCAAAGCAAGACGCGCCCCGCAACCCUCCAUCUUUUCUCCCAUCUCCUUCGUCCAUCUUUCUCUCCUCGUUGUCCUCCUCAUCCUCUACCUCGACUUCAGAGGAUGAAGAGGUCCUGGAUCUGUCUGUGCCCCAUGAAGACAAGAGGAACGCCCGACGUCGUCAUCACCUGCGUCGACUUCAAGGCAAGUCAGCCUCUGCCAUUUCCAUCCCUCUGACCCCCAAGAGCUUGGGCAUUGGGCCACCGCUUCUCUCCCCCGAGCAGACAAGGACACUGUCGGAAGGCAACCCUGACUGGCACCCUGAAAUGGCCCCUCGCGCCAACGUGGUUGUGACGGACGUAACCACAAACCUGCUCACUGUCACCAUCAAGGAGUUCUGCCAUCCGCCUGAAUUUGAGAAGCCUGAGCCACCAUCCCCCUCAUCAUCCUCUGUCAGCGUUCAAGUAGUGACCCCUUCACCAGCAGCCUCUGCGACCUGCCAGUCUAAACUACCGACCGCGGAUUCCGCCACCCUGAAGUUCCUCGUUGUCAUUCUGGCCGCGGGGAUGCUGGCCUUCCUCGGCGCGGUCAUCUGCAUUAUUGCCGCGGUCCAUCCCGGAUUUAUUUCCGCCGUCCCCCAGGCGUUUUCGGACAACGAGUCGCUGUCCCAUGACUCGGUUCUGGAGACCCUUCCGGAGGGAUCCGUGGUCCAGGCUGGACCGCUGGGUGCUCUCCACGGUGCUGAAACGACAGAUGGGAUAGGGGCUUCCGUUAGUAAUUCGGACAGAGCUGGUUCAGGAGGAAGACAGCAGGUUACUUUCAGCCGCCUCAUAUGCACCCCCGUCCCUGCCGGCGAAUGCAACCCAAAGACCUUCCUAAAGCAGAGUGCCAGUCCGCCGCUGCACUCAGACGAAGACUGGAGUUAUCUGAGCACCACGGCCAAGCAGCUCCAGGAGACCAUCCUGCAGCAGAAGGACCAGAUACUUUCAGAUCAGCAGACCAUACAGGAGCUUACGGGGAAGCUGUCCGAGUGCGAGAUCGGACUGGGCGAGCGCAGCUAUCCGGGACGGAGCGCAGGGCUUUGGGGGAACAGACGGCGACUCUUGGCCGGGAACGGCCAUAUGUCACCCGUCGUGCCGGAGCAGCAGAGCACCCUCGUCUUGGAGGAGAUGGAGCAGGCCAUAAUUCAGAUGAAGGAUCGCAUUGAGAAACUGGAGAUUGAUACACCGCCUACAUCCCAGAACCACACGGGGGCACCACAGAAAGGUCAGGGGGGGCUCCCAGGAAACCGGGGCACCUGGAUCAAGGCACCAUCUCGACGACCGCAGGACAAGCUGGGGGGCAAGCUUGAGGCCAAGGUGCAGCAGCUGGAAGGGGAAAGGGUGAUGCUGAAUGGUGAUGCGAGGGGUCGCCAGCAGGAGGCGCCAGAGGAUGCUGACUCUCUAUGGCGCAGCAUCGAUCGCCUGGAGCAAAGUCUCUCCGGGUAUAACUUCCCAGAGAGCUACAAGCUGCUGUUCCCGGUGCGGACGGACUACAUGUAUGGUGUGGUGCGACACCCCAUCCCGGAGAUGUACGCCAUGACUGCCUGCCUGUGGCUCCGCCCCAAGGGCUCAGGCCUGGGGACACCCUUCUCCUACUCCAUCCCAGAGCAGCCCAACGAGCUGGUGCUGCUGCAGGGCGUGCACAACCCCGUGGAGAUCCUCAUUAACGACAAGGUGGCACAGCUGCCUCUAGUCCCGCAGCCAGGCAAGUGGCAGCACCUGUGUGUAACUUGGAGCUUGAGGGAUGGAGUGUGGCAGGCCUACCAAGGGGGUACACUGAAGGGGGAAGGAGAGGGUCUGGCUGCCUGGCACCCUAUCCGGCCUGGGGGUAUGCUUAUCUUGGGGCAGGAGCAGGAUGCAAUAGGCGGUCGCUUUGAUGCCUCCCAAGCCAUGGUGGGGGAGCUCUUUCAAUUUAACCUCUGGGACCGGGUGCUGUCAUCCUCGGAGGUGGCGGACCUGGCGACCUGCAGCUCAGCCCUACUGGGCAACGUGGUGCCGUGGACCAACCGCGGCAUCGAUGUGUUUGGGGGGGCCACCAAGGAGCCAGCGGAGCCGUGCACGGAGCAAAUCGGGGCCCAGUAGGGACGAUUUGUGAAUGACCUAUGAACGUGAGGAGCCGAUGCUGGCCAAGCAGCCGCAGAUUUUCUGUUCCAGCACGUUUUUACUCAUAGAAAGUGCUCGAGAGAAAAAAGUAACCGCAAGGCAUUUGGGGAAAUCC